AAAGACAAUCCUCCUCAUGAAAAAGAGUUCUGCCAUUAAAUAUGAUGAGAAUUGGUUCCAUCCUUUGUUUGGUAACCAAGAAAAUGAUAAAUAAAUUCUCCAAAUUGUCAAAAAGCCUCACCUCAUCUAAAAACAUUUAGCAUUAUGUAGGAACAAAACCAAAAUAGUUUUUCACACCCCAAAAUUCGAUUUAUGGUAAAAAUAGUGGGGUAUAGUUUUCAAAAUUACCCUUUUGUUUUCUAAUCAUCUGCAUUGGAUAUGGUAUAUUCAUUCUAUGGUUACCAACGCGAUCGUGAGGAAGUUAAGAGUUGCGUAGUUUGCCACAACGCCGGGUUUUGAGUAGAGAGAAGCGAGAGCUUCUCAUCAAUGGCGGCGUCCUUCCCUUCGCCCAUCAUCUGCAAAGCCACCACCAACAACAACCAUCCCCACGCGCUCGAUUCUUUCCACGUGCGACGUGCCGCUGAGAUCGCCGACAAAUCUGCCGGAUUCACGUCGCCGCACCCCAACUUCGGCUGCGUGAUCGCCACCGCCGGGAAAGUCGUCGGGGAGGGCUACCUCUACGCUCAAGGAACUAAGCCGGCGGAGGUCCAGGCGGUGGAGGCCGCCGGCGAGUUGUGCAGAGGCGCCACUGCUUAUCUCAACAUGGAGCCCGGCGAUUGUCACGGUGACCGUACGGCGGUCUCUGCUCUUGUCAAGGCAGGAAUUACACGAGUUGUUGUUGGGAUCAGGCAUCCUUUGCAACAUCUUCGCAGCCAUGCUCUACGGGCAAUGAGGAGUGAAGGACUGCAGGUGGAUGUUCUUGGAGAGGAUCUGAAAAGUAAAAUUGUUGAGGAAGCUUUAAAAUCGUGCCUCAUCGUCAAUGCUCCUUUGAUAUAUAGAGCUGCUUCUCGAGUUCCCUUUUCUGUUCUCAAGUAUGCUAUGACCCUUGAUGGAAAAAUUGCUGCUAGUAGUGGGCAUGCGUCAUGGAUAAGCAGCAAAGAAUCUAGGUAUCGAGUAUUUGAACUGCGGGGUAGAAGUGAUGCCAUAGUUGUGGGAGGAAACACUGUGCGCAAAGACAAUCCACGGCUAACUGCAAGACAUGGAGGUGGACACGUGCCCAUUCGGAUUGUAAUGUCACGGACACUUAAUCUUCCUGAGGUAGCCAAUCUUUGGGAUGUAUCAAGUGUACCUACUAUAGUUGUAACACAAAGAGGUGCAAGGAAGAGUUUCCAGAAAUUUCUUGCUUCAAAAGGUGUUGAAGUAGUUGAAUUUGACAUCCUAAACACUAGAGAUGUUAUGGAAUAUUUUUAUGAUCGUGGGUACCUUUCAAUUUUGUGGGAAUGCGGAGGAACAUUGGCUGCAUCUGCUAUUUCAUCUGGCAUCAUACACAAGGUAUUUGCAUUUGUUGCCCCUAAAAUUAUAGGUGGAAAGAAUGCGCCAACUCCUGUCGGUGAACUGGGAAUGGUUGAGAUGACGCAAGCACUAGAUUUAAUCGAUUUUUCCUAUGAGCAGAUUGGACCUGACAUGCUUAUUAGUGGAUUUCUUCAGCCCUUUCCUGAUCCUACUCCUGUUAUCCCAUCAGUGGAUGAAACUUAUGCAAUUGAUCCUUCUGUUACUCCUUAUGAAUCAAGCAUCAUAUUCUUUUAUAAAACAUGGGAUCUUUAUGGAGCUUUUUCAAACUUCUCUCCUCACCCUAUACAAAUGCCUGAUGAAAAUGGUGAUUAUCAGACCUGGUCAAGCGUAGAGCAUUAUUACCAGGCACACAAGUUUGUUGGGGUUAAUGACCCUGUAGCAAGAGAUUUUGUCGAGGACAUAAAAUCUGCAAAAAGUCCUGAGGAAGCAGCAAGAAUGGGAAGGACAAUACAGAGGCAGCAUCCUGAUCUGGUAAGAUCUGAUUGGGACGCUGUCAAGAUUGAUGUCAUGUACAGGGCCUUGAAAUGCAAAUUUUCAAUUUAUCCUCAUUUGAAUUCUAUGCUGCUCUCUACUGCUGGGUCAGUUCUCGUUGAAGCUUCCCCACAUGAUCUCUUCUGGGGCGGAGGUCGGGAUGGAGAAGGCCUAAAUUAUCUGGGUAGGCUUCUCAUGCAGUUGAGGUCAGAAUUCCUAGGCGAGUCCUUAACAUCAAGUGAGAGCUCUUUCCUAGCUCUAUAAUAUAUGAAGAAAGAGACAGUAUAAUGAGAACUUAACCCUGAUAAUCUGUAGAUCCCUUUUGUAACAUUAUCAUUAUGCAAAUAAUUAGUGUAAUUUCAUGAGAUGUUUUUCAAUAAAAAUCCUAAUCAUUACUAAGGAUUAA